AUGGCCCGAGACCAUUUAUUUUCAAUGCCAACUGUACCGAGCGAAGGACAUUCAAAUGCAGGGCAGUUUCAAGAUACAGCUGAUAAAUAUGGGUACUCGGGCCGCGGCAUAGGAUCGUUUGGGCCUGUUACAAAUCCGGCCUCAUUCUUAGUGAAAGCUUUUUGUGUGUGUAAUGCAGUCCACGCAGUUCGAUAUGCAGCUUCUUAUGGAGCCGCUGAACCAGAAAGCCAAAGACACAAG